GGCAGUUUUGGGCAUUUAAAAAAUUCCCGUCAUCACAAUAUUAGUUUGAAUAAAAUUAUUUCUCAUUUGUUUGAAGUUGAGACUGUCAAAACCGGAAGCAGGUUAUUAAGCAAAGGUCUUAAAACCUCUGUAUUUGCAACCCCUUUUCAAAAUACCACCGGCCAUUCACCCGAUGGUCGUUUCGUAAUUAAACUCCUCUUUUCGGAAAAGUUGGGUCGUUCCACCGUCCCUUAUUUCAAAAAUCCACCUCAAUUAAGAAAUUCCCAAGAAGGGGUUCUCCAACCGUUAUUGUUCGCAGAGGGUCGUAAUCAUAAACUUACCGAGGGUUUUAUUGUCUUUCUAAGGAAGUACCUAGACCUUGUACACCUGAAGGUACUUAACGGAAAUUCCUUAAAUAAUCCUAGUUACCUGCCACACAAUUGUGUUUACAAUCCCUACAUUUCUUCCAUUAAAUUCUGCAAGGUUUUUGACCGUUCAAAUCUUAGCUCAAACAAUUCAAGCCUAAACGACAACUCAUUAACAGCCCCCGUUUUGCAGUCCGAACCUUUCACAAUUCUAAUUCAAUUUCGUUUGCCCCAAUUUAUCGACACAUGUGAUAUAUCGAAGAUGUACCGGUGUGGUUGGCUUCACUCGGACGACCGCAAUUAUCAAAAAAUCAUGUGGCUAGAAUCUCCUGAACACAAUCAUUGGUUUUAUGUCGAUAAGGCAUUGUUCGUUUCAAAUUCUUUAGUCAAAUUAAUCGAGCCCAAAGACGAUUUAAAGACCGUUCUAGCGAAGGCAAGUUCCAAGAUAAGUAAAUGGUCGUCUAAUUGUACUGAUAUACAAGAAUGCGCUCAGGCUACAUCCAACAGUAAUCGUUUAAUAACUGACAAACAAUACAAUAAUAAAACUUUAGAUAUCAGGUGGGAUAACCAAAAAGAAUCGUUUUUAUAUGCAGCAUUCAUUAGUCACGACGUCACAAAUUUCGUAAGUACUAAGCGCAAGCUAAGCGAAUUGCUAUUAGGGAAAGAAUUUCAGAAUAAGCUAAAACCAGAAAAUAUCAAAUGGACUUUAAUUCCCCCGCGUGUGCCCAAUUUUGGUGGUUUGUGGGUAGCGUGGAUUAAAUUCAUAAAAACUCACAUCCAGCGCAUUAUCGGAUACAACCAUCUAACGUACGAGAUGAUGUAUGCGCUUUUGGUCAGGAUUAAAGCUGUCCUGAAUUCGCACCCUGUGACGCCGCUUUCCAGCGACGUUACUAAUUCAGCCGCACUGACUCCGGGCCAUUGUCUUGUUGGCCAUCCAUUGACAACUCCAGUAGAAAAGGAAUACACUACUAUUCCUGUCAACAUCCUUUCCCGUUGGCAAUUGAGUGAAUCCUGUCGCCAACAUUUUUGGAAGCGCUGGUCCGCGGAAUAUCAUACGACGCUGCAGGGGAGAUCCAGGUGGCAAACCCUCUCAAGAAACGUUCCCGGCACUGGAGCGCUGGUACUACCGAUCAAAGAAGACAACCGGCUCCCGUUGCGGUGGCGAUUACAACGAAUAGUGCAAGUGCAUCGCGGCAAAGACGAUCUGGUUCGCGUAGUGUCUGUGCAGUGUCGAAAUUGCAUCAUAAAGUGCGCCAAUUCGGAAACGGUAUUUCCAUUUACUAAUUCGGGCUCUGGUUAACUCAUUACAUACACACUAUUGUAAAUAAAGUUUGUCCACUCAUAUUGUACCUGAUAAAGAGUUGUAAAUCUCUCUUUCAGGUGUAUUCCAUGUAUAAUUUAUUGCCCAUAUUGUAUAAUCACUGUGAAUCCAUUCUAUACAAUGUUAAUUGUAGUAAAUCUUACUCAUGUAUUCUGAUUCGAAUUGAUCAUUACGAUAUCAUGUUAUCACUCUAACAUUCUAUUAUUUUGGUAUUAAAACAAUGUAAUUGUUUCAAGGUGGGGGGUAUGUUAGUGCCUCUGGCGGGGACCUGUUGCACCCCUCUCCACCCGUAAGGGUGGGAGCCAGGGCCACCACCACCUUCGAAUACAGGGAACAUUCAUUCACUAUUCAUCAUUCACUCUUCAAGCACUCUUCAAGCGGUUAACAUAGUCUUUAUAUUCAAUCUCUGGACCUAACGGUCAUAAAAUCAUACUCGCUCUAGAACACACUUGUUAUUUAUUUAAUAAAACUAUAAAACGACUGUCCG